AUGGAGGCGGCGGCUGGCGGAGGCUGCGGCUCUGGGCCGCCGCUGCUGCUGAGCGAGGGCGAGCAGCAGUGCUACUCAGAGCUCUUCGCGCGCUGCGCGGGCGCCGCGAGCGGGGGCGCGGGUCCCGGGCCCCCUGAGUCCGCCAGGGUCGCCCUUGGCGCUGCCACUGCGGCCGCUGGCCCAGUGGCUGACCUGUUUCGGGCAUCGCAGCUCCCUGCCGAAACGCUGCACCAGAUCACAGAACUGUGUGGUGCAAAACGGGUUGGUUAUUUUGGUCCAACACAGUUUUACGUUGCCCUGAAAUUAAUUGCUGCGGCACAGUCUGGUCUGCCUGUGCGGAUAGAAAGUAUUAAAUGUGAACUGCCUCUGCCUCGCUUUAUGAUGUCAAAGAACGAUGGCGAGAUACGAUUUGGGAACCCGGCUGAGCUGCAUGGAACUAAGGUUCAGAUUCCAUAUUUAACCGCGGAUAAAAAUUCCUUCAAAAGAAUGGACGAUGAGGAUAAACAGCAGGAAGCACAGUCUCCCACGAUGUCACCCCUCGCCUCCCCUCCUUCUUCCCCGCCUCAUUAUCAGAGGGUGCCCUUGAGCCAUGGCUACAGCAAACUGCGGAGCGGCACAGAACAGAUGCAUCCAGCUCCUUAUGAAGCUAGACAGCCCCUUGUCCAGCCUGAGGGACCCUCAUCUGGGGGUCCAGGAGCCAAACCCCUUCGGCAUCAGGCUUCCCUUAUCCGGUCCUUUUCAGUGGAGAGAGAACUACAGGAUAACAACAGUAAUUACCCAGAUGAACCCUGGAGGGUAACAGAAGAACAGCGGGAGUACUAUGUUAAUCAGUUCAGAUCCCUUCAGCCAGACCCAAGUUCCUUCAUUUCAGGUUCGGUGGCCAAGAACUUCUUCACCAAAUCGAAGCUUUCCAUCCCAGAACUCUCUUAUAUAUGGGAACUUAGUGAUGCUGACUGUGAUGGAGCCCUGACUUUGCCUGAGUUCUGCGCUGCAUUUCAUCUCAUUGUGGCUCGAAAGAACGGCUACCCACUACCUGAGGGCCUCCCUCCAACUUUGCAGCCCGAGUACCUGCAAGCAGCUUUUCCUAAGCCCAAGUGGGACUGUGCAUUAUUUGAGUCUUAUUCUGAAUCAAUGUCAGCAAACCAACAACCACGUGACUUGAAUCGGAUGGAGAAGACAUCUGUUAAAGAUAUGGCUGACUUUCCUGUUCCUACCCAAGAUGGGACUGCUGAUGACAAACAAGCCUUGAAAAAUACUAUGAAUGAAGCCCCACCAAAGGACGUGUCUGAAGAUUCAGCAACUCCUAAGGAUUCCAACAGUCUCAAAGCAAGACCAAGAUCCAGAUCUUACUCUAGCACCUCCAUAGAAGAGGCCAUGAAAAGGGGUGAGGACCCUCCCACUCCACCACCGAGGCCACAGAAAACCCAUUCCAGAGCCUCCUCCUUGGAUCUGAAUAAAGUCUUCCAGCCCAGUGCACCAGCUACUAAAUCGGGAUUAUUGCCUCCACCACCUGCACUCCCACCAAGGCCUUGUCCAUCACAGUCUGAACAAGUAUCUGAGACUGAGGUACUCCCACAGAUGAACAGAGCCCCUUCCCAGGCUGCAGAAGGUAGUCCAGCAAAGAAGGAUAUAUCGUAUUCUCAGGCUCCAUCAAAGCCCAUUCGUAGGAAAUUCAGACCUGAAAAUCAAUCUACGGAAAACCAAGAGCCUUCUACUGCUGCAGGUGGGCCAACUUCUGUAGCAACUGUGAAACCCCAUCCAACGGUCCAAAAGCAGUCUUCCAAACAGAAGAAGGCCAUUCAAACUGCUAUCCGUAAAAAUAAGGAGGCAAAUGCAGUGCUGGCUCGGUUGAACAGUGAACUCCAACAGCAGCUUAAGGAGGUUCACCAAGAACGAAUUGCAUUGGAAAACCAAUUGGAACAACUUCGUCCAGUCACUGUGUUGUGACCUCCACGUUUCAAGUGAUAGCGGGUGACCU